GCAUGGCAGGGAGCCAUGAGAGUCUCUCAUCAGGAGCAUUCCCUCUCAUUCUUCAGGUGAAGGGACUGACUGAGGUGGAGGCAGGUAGAUAGCUGCCUCAGCAGGGUGACAAGUCACCUUAAGAGUUGAAACCUAAUCUUAUGCCAAAGAUCAUGCUUCCAGUGAAGUGGUUUUUUUUUUUUUUUUUUUAGAGCCAGGCUUGCUUUGGUGACCUUUUCCAAAUGCCAGCCUGACCUGAAAUCUUGUACUUCUGAUCUGUCCUUCAAGAUGGUGCUGUUGGUGUUAAGAAGUUGGAGGGCAUGCUACCCUGUGGAUGUAGAAGGGGCGCUGGCAGAAUGUGGGUGAGGGAGCCCUAAAGAUGGAGUGUAAGAAGCCCCCAGCUCACCUUCUGCUCUGGGUCCCUCGGCAGCUGCUCGGAGGAGUGUUGCUCAUCCCUCCGGCUAGCUCUGUGGCCACCUGGGGCAGGUGCUAUGUAAGCUUCUCUCUAGUUCCCUAGUGAGUACAAAUGUCAGUGCUGCCAGCUCAGUAGCUGUAAGUACAAGGGGGCCCUCAGGGUAGCCUGCAAGCAUGGAGGAGUUUGGUCCUGAUGGUGGCAUCACCCAUGGAUGGCAUAAAUGGUUUUCGUGCUCUCAACCUGGGCUCAGCCAGGAGACGUGGAAAGGUGGUUGUCAUGGUGCCACCUGCCCAGUCCAAGACAUGUCCUUUCUGAAAAUUUAGGAUCUAAGUCUGACUUAGUUGUCUUUGCACCCUGGGUGAGCCGUAGAAAGCCGCUCUGCGUGUCAGCUCUCCUUUUUUCUCUUUCACAAUUGUCCUGUUCCCUGGGCGGUCAUAGGGCAAGCUUCACAGGCCUUUGGUGAAGAAGAGAUGAAAUUAGGCAUGUGAAAAGAUACUGGAAGUUUAUGACAGAGAGGAAAUAUAAUAUAAGCUGAUGGCCGGCCAUCCAUGCGCUCAGCAAACACCGAGGAGCAGUGGACACCACAAAACACCCAAAUCCUUGGCUCUCCCAAGUUGGCAUGCCCGUUAGGAGCGCCGACGACAAAUAAGAAAAAGGAAAAUUAUAGAACGGCAGUUGCUGAUAAGAGCUGUGGAGAGAGAAAAAUUAUAAAGCUGGGGAGGGAGAUACGGAGCCCCAGGAAAGGGAGUUGCUAUUUUAAAAGGCUGAUAAGCAACUUGGGCUGUGGCCUAACGGGGCUCCUGUUCCAGCUGGGAACAGCAAGUACCAGGGUUCCAGCCUGGGCAGAGCUCGGCGUUCCGGGGAACAGCAGACCCACUGAUGUGACAGCAGCAUGUCAUGGUUUAGUGGCCUCCUGGUCCCUAAAGUAGAUGAACGGAAAACAGCUUGGGGGGAACGCAAUGGGCAGAAGCGCCCACGCCACGCGACUCGAGCCAGUGGCUUCUGUGCACCCCGCUACAUGAGCUGCCUCAAGAAUUCGGAGCCACCCAGCCCCACUCCUGCGCCUCACACUCGGUGCCCCUGGCAGGAUGAAGCCUUCAUCAGGAGGGCGGGCCCGGGCAGGGGUGUGGAGCUGGGGCUUCGGUCAGUGGCCUUGGGCUUUGACGACACUGAGGGGACCACACCGAUGGGGACAGCUGAAGUGGCACCCGAUACAUCGCCUCGGAGCGGCCGGUCCUGCUGGCACCGGCUAGUGCAGGUGUUCCAGUCCAAGCAGUUCCGCUCGGCCAAGCUGGAGCGUCUGUACCAGCGGUACUUCUUCCAGAUGAACCAGAGCAGCCUCACACUGCUCAUGGCGGUGCUUGUGCUGCUCAUGGCUGUACUGUUGACCUUCCACGCGGCGCCUGCCCGGCCUCAGCCUGCUUACGUGGCCCUGCUGACCUGUGCCUCCAUCCUUUUCGUGGUACUCAUGGUGGUGUGCAACCGACAUAGCUUCCGCCAAGACUCCAUGUGGGUGGUGAGCUAUGUGGUUCUGGGCAUCCUAGCAGCCGUGCAGGUCGGGGGUGCCCUGGCAGCCAAUCCACACAGCCCCUCGGCGGGCCUUUGGUGCCCCGUGUUCUUCGUCUACAUCACCUACACGCUUCUUCCCAUCCGCAUGCGAGCUGCAGUGCUCAGCGGCCUGGGCCUGUCCACCCUGCAUUUGAUUUUGGCCUGGCAGCUCAACAGCGGCGACCCCUUCCUUUGGAAGCAGCUCGGUGCUAAUGUGGUGCUCUUUCUCUGCACCAAUGCCAUCGGGGUCUGCACGCACUACCCCGCUGAAGUGUCUCAGCGCCAAGCCUUUCAGGAGACCCGAGGUUACAUCCAGGCACGCCUGCACCUGCAGCAUGAGAACCGUCAGCAGGAACGGCUGCUGCUAUCGGUAUUGCCCCAGCAUGUUGCCAUGGAGAUGAAAGAAGACAUCAACACAAAAAAAGAAGACAUGAUGUUCCAUAAGAUCUACAUCCAGAAGCAUGAUAAUGUCAGCAUCCUGUUUGCAGACAUUGAGGGCUUCACCAGCUUGGCCUCCCAGUGCACUGCGCAGGAACUGGUCAUGACCUUGAAUGAGCUCUUCGCCCGGUUUGACAAGCUGGCCGCGGAGAAUCACUGUCUGAGGAUCAAGAUCUUAGGGGACUGUUACUACUGUGUGUCUGGGCUGCCCGAGGCCCGGGCAGACCACGCCCACUGCUGUGUGGAGAUGGGUGUAGACAUGAUCGAGGCUAUCUCGCUGGUGCGUGAGGUGACAGGUGUGAACGUGAACAUGCGUGUGGGCAUCCACAGCGGACGUGUGCAUUGUGGUGUCCUCGGCCUGCGGAAAUGGCAGUUCGAUGUCUGGUCCAACGAUGUGACCCUGGCCAACCACAUGGAGGCUGGGGGCCGGGCCGGCCGCAUUCACAUCACUCGGGCUACACUGCAGUACCUGAAUGGGGACUACGAGGUGGAGCCAGGCCGUGGUGGUGAGCGCAAUGCGUACCUCAAGGAGCAGUGCAUUGAGACCUUCCUCAUACUGGGCGCCAGCCAGAAACGGAAAGAGGAGAAAGCCAUGCUGGCCAAACUGCAGCGGACCAGGGCCAACUCCACGGAAGGACUGAUGCCACGCUGGGUUCCUGACCGCGCCUUCUCCCGGACUAAGGACUCCAAGGCAUUCCGCCAGAUGGGCAUCGAUGACUCUAGCAAAGACAACCGGGGUGCUCAAGACGCUCUGAACCCUGAAGAUGAGGUGGAUGAGUUCCUGGGCCGAGCCAUCGAUGCCAGGAGCAUCGACCAACUGCGUAAGGACCAUGUGCGCCGGUUCCUGCUCACCUUCCAGAGAGAGGAUCUCGAGAAGAAGUAUUCACGGAAAGUAGAUCCUCGCUUCGGAGCCUACGUCGCCUGUGCCCUCCUGGUGUUUUGCUUCAUCUGUUUCAUCCAGCUCCUCGUGUUCCCACACUCCACCCUGAUACUCGGGAUUUAUGCCGCUAUCUUCCUGCUGUUGCUGGUCACUGUGCUGAUCUGUGCUGUGUGCUCCUGUGGUUCUUUCUUCCCCAAGGCCCUGCAGCGUCUGUCCCGCGGUAUCGUCCGCUCACGGGUACACAGCACAGUGGUUGGAAUCUUGUCGGUUCUGCUCGUGUUCAUCUCUGCCAUCGCCAGCAUGUUCACCUGUGAUCACACCCCAGUAAGGACCUGUGCGGCCCGGAUGCUGAACUUAACACCAGCGGAUGUCACCGCCUGCCACCUACAACAGCUCAAUUACUCUCUGGGACUGGAUGCUCCCCUGUGUGAGGGCACCGCACCCACCUGCAGCUUCCCUGAGUACUUCGUUGGGUGUGUGCUGCUGAGUCUCCUGGCCAGCUCUGUCUUCCUACACAUCAGCAGCAUCGGCAAGCUGGCUAUGACCUUUGUCUUGGCGUUCAUCUAUUUGGUGCUGCUUUUGCUGGGCCCCCCAGCAACCAUCUUUGACAACUAUGAUCUGCUGCUUGGUGUCCAUGGCUUGGCUUCCUCCAAUGAGACGUUUGAUGGGCUGGACUGCCCAGCUGUGGGGAGGGUAGCGCUCAAAUAUAUGGCCCCUGUGAUUCUGCUGGUGUUUGCCCUGGCACUGUAUCUACACGCACAGCAGGUGGAGUCGACUGCCCGCCUGGACUUCCUGUGGAAACUACAGGCAACAGGGGAGAAGGAGGAGAUGGAGGAGCUGCAGGCGUACAACCGGCGGUUGCUGCAUAACAUUCUUCCCAAGGACGUGGCUGCCCACUUCCUGGCGCGGGAACGCCGCAACGACGAGCUGUACUACCAGUCGUGUGAAUGUGUGGCCGUCAUGUUCGCCUCCAUUGCCAACUUCUCUGAGUUCUACGUGGAACUCGAGGCAAACAAUGAGGGCGUGGAGUGCCUGCGGCUGCUCAACGAGAUCAUUGCCGACUUCGAUGAGAUCAUCAGUGAGGAGAGGUUCCGGCAGCUGGAGAAGAUAAAGACAAUUGGUAGCACCUACAUGGCCGCCUCCGGACUAAACGCCAGCACCUAUGACCAGGUCGGCCGCUCGCACAUCACCGCGCUGGCUGACUAUGCCAUGCGGCUCAUGGAGCAGAUGAAGCACAUCAACGAACAUUCUUUCAACAAUUUCCAGAUGAAGAUCGGGUUGAACAUGGGUCCGGUUGUAGCAGGUGUCAUUGGGGCCCGGAAGCCACAGUAUGACAUCUGGGGAAAUACCGUGAAUGUUUCCAGUCGCAUGGACAGCACAGGAGUUCCUGACCGAAUACAGGUGACCACGGACCUGUACCAGGUUCUAGCUGCCAAGGGCUACGAACUGGAGUGUCGAGGGGUGGUCAAGGUGAAGGGAAAGGGGGAGAUGACCACCUACUUCCUCAAUGGGGGCCCCAGCAGUUAGCAGAGCGCAGCGGCUGAGAUUCAACCGAAGGGACCAAGGUGGGCAUUGGGCGGACUUUCUGCUCACUGGGUGGAGCUGUGGCAGGGGCACUGAGCCUUCAGAUCUUGCUGACAGCAAAGGGAACACCCCAGCGGGCUGUGCUUGGACCAUGUUCGUCUGCCUUCAGAGUGGCGAAGGAGGAAACCCUGAGAGGAUUGUCCAGGUGACUUUCUUAAUUCGAGUAGGGCUGGUCUUCGUUCGCAUCGUUUUUCCCCCCUUUGGAUGCAGAUGAGAGAGCAGCAGCAGAGGCCGAGAAGCCUCCUGUUUGAGAGUAAAAUGGCAACUCACUAUGCCUACUGUUUCCCUGUCUGGGCAACAGGCUCAGGGCUGGGUCCUUUCUUUCCCUAUUUUUCUGGGACUACUUUUGUACAAAGACUGUGGCAAGCGUGAAGAACACUUGCCCCCGCUUGCCUUUGUCCACAGCACUGGUCUCGGGCACUCCCAGAACCAGCCACGUCUCCUUCCUAGGCACAAGGCGGAGGAAGGAGGUUCUGCAGGGUCUAGCUCCGACGACCACAUUUCAGGGGAAUGUCUCCAUUUGCCAAAUCCUAGUCCUGUGAUCUGUCCCCAAAGGGGAACAAAGGGACCUCUGACAGUGAAGAUUUAGCCCCAGUUCCUGCAUGCUCCAGGGAACGGGGCAUCUGGCCUCACGGGUACUGUGAAAAUGACCAGCCAAAGAGCAAGCCUGUGUGUGAGGUCAUCAGCAGAAUGGGAACUGGACAGUCACCUGCAGAUGCCGGAAGAAUGCAGGCAGCCAUGGAAGAGGAGGAGGAGGGGGAGGAGGGGGAGGAGGCGGAGGCCACACUGACCUGAGGCCUCAGUGUGUCCACAUGCUCACUCGCUGUCUGCUGGCAGGGGGCCUUGGAGCAUCUCUAUCCCUUGGAUUGCCAAAUAGCAAAAAGGGUCAGGGUUCUAAGAAGGAUGACCCUGACCCCAAACCUGGCCUCCUAAGUCUGGCACUAGGGAGGCCCUGUGUUUGUGUAACUGUGCGUGCGUGCGUGCGUGCGUGCGUGCGUGCGUGCGUGGGUGUGUGUGAGGUCUCCAUGUGUCCUUAUGCUCCAGCUCCUCAGUUCUCCCCUGGGGACUGCCUCUCUGCUGUGGGCCUCUGUCUUCUUGUGUUAAGGCAGGGCUUCCUGUGCCAAGGGAUGGAGAGUAACGGCCAGGUUGCACAGGAGUGGGGGUGGGGAGAGGAGUCCUUUCUGUGCCAAAUCCCUAAGUGCCAUUUGGGGGCCACACGUGCAGUAUGACUGUCCCCCACCCAGGGCAGGGACCCAAGCACCAACUGUUGGAGGUUUGUGGGUGGAGGCUCGGGCAUUUCCUGGGUUCCUCGGCUUGUGUCUCGGGGGGCAUGGUAUGCUUUCUGACUGGGGUAGUGUGGGAUCCCUCUCGGAGGACCCAGAUUUUGGUACUAGGGGAUGGAGCCUAGGAACUUGGAACUUGGCUGUCCCAAGCCUUCAGCCUGAAUCUAGCAUGGCUAGACUCUAGUCCUGGCUCCCCGUCCUCACGAAGCCUGCAAAGGUUGUGUUCUCCUCGCCUGCUCUUGUCCGCCUCUUAUCCUUGCAGCCUCCCUGACUCUGGUCUGAAUUAGCUGGUGCCUUGGUUUCUCUGUCUGCACCUAUGUAAGCCAGAGGCAUUACAUUAUGCCUCCAUUUUGAUUGAUGAUCACUUUGUCUUAGAUGUGGACAGGAAGGACAGAGGAGAGUUUCAGGAGGUGUGGAAGGGGCAGGCCAUACUUUUGCCCUUCCUCAAGCUUCUGCCACCAGUCCCUGCAGAGGCCUGGUUUCUGGCUUGGUCCUGCUUUUCUGGGACUCUCCAUGUACCAGCCGAUGGACCACUGGGCACUAGAAGCCAAGGCCGAGGAGAGGAAGAUUAGCUGGUCCGGGCAGAAAAUUGCCUCCGACUCCCGAGCCAUAUCCUAUCCCUGGAUAGGAAGGGAUUACUCGAUGCCAUUGGGGUGGUGUGAGGUGUAUAAGCCAAAGCAGGGAGACCUCGGCUUUGGGUCUGCUUCUUGCCAGGUGGGAGGGGCUUGUCCACACCCUGGCUCCUCGAUCCGCAGUGCCAGCCAGCCAGUCAUCUCCUUCUCUGAAUUACCGUAGCCCUGCUCCUCACCGCUUGGUACGGGAGGCCAUGGGCUCUGGUUUUAUAAUGUAACCACUGUGGGAGUGGGGGAGGGUGACAUACCAUGUAUUUCAGUGAAAUAUUUAAUAUAUUUAAAUAUCAAUAAAAUCAAACUCUUUGUAUAAAAGGAAA